CUUACAUCAUAUUCAAAUCCGCAACCUACUGAAACUUACGGCUAUGUAUUUCUACGUAACUCUUUGUUCACAUGUGAGCCACUGCGAAUCUACGGUCAGCUAGACAACAGGCAUUGUCUCGUCUCACAUUAUUACUCCCCCCCCCUCCCCCCCCCGAAAAACGAAUUGAUGCGUUUCCAAGCUCGCUAAAGCUACCAUAUCGAGAUCGAUCCCCCGGACACAUGUCCCUCUCAACCAGCGCCGCCGUCCGAGCGCAGUCCACCGCCGUAAACCCGAAAACCGCUUUGCGCGCUAUCACGCCCGCCAUCUGCACUUCUUCUCCGUCCUCGCCAUGUCCUAACACUCCAACUAUAGCCUCAAAACUUCCUCCUACCAAAGCUCAACUCUCGCCACAGCUGAGCCUGCCACCAAUAUGGUUCAAUUCUUCAUAUCCCCGUUUUGGACCCGGUGAUUCGCGCGGGCCGGAAGACGAGCGAAAAGUCAAACUUGGGAAAACAUUGCGCAUUCUCCAAGAACGACUUCCUACUCUACUCCAAUCUCCUCUCCCGCAAGAGAUCCUAUCGCCUAAUAUAUCUCUCCAUCUAUUCCCCUCGACCCAUCCGUACCUCCCUACCGUAACCGGCCGGGUUGCGUACAUAGCAGCGUUAUGGACGUCCCCGCUAGCAUGGAAUCGAGUCCCCAUAAUCGGCAACGUCAAGCUGGAAAUCCUCUCGGAGCGAAUGGUCAGCCAGCCGUUCUACUCUUCCCCGAAACGACCCGAGGCAUGCGGCGAGCAAUUGGUGGUGAAAUGGAGGACGGCAGACGGCAAGCCGAAAAGCCCCAGCCCAGCCGUGAUGGAAGACGGCGAGCAGAGGCUCGAUGAUACCCUCAGAGGCACCCAGGCCAUCGGCGAGAAGAAGGCGUUUACCGGGCUGUUCAUCUUCGAAUUUGACAGGGAAGGGCGAAUUAUAAGCCACACGAUCGAAUCCGUAGACGAGCACGGGGAGUGGGAAAAGGGCCUCGGCGCUAAAGUCGUAGGCUUAACAGACUGGUUACUGGGAGGCAUUAAGGGCCGCACGGAUGACGGCGGCGCGCCUGCGUUGUGUAGAGUUAUGGAUAAACGAGAAAAAGACGAACCAUGAUAUAAAAAGACGGCAAGACGCUCAAGCAAACUUGGGCGGCAGAGCUACGAGACGAGGUUAGGGGCUAAAAUGUGUAACUGUAAAUAUGUACAAUACGUGUCGUUGUUGUUCUGGUAAUAGCCAGUCACCACUCAACCCAAAGAGUAGCAGUAUAUAAACUCAUGUAGAGUCGUAGU